AUGUCAAAGGCCUUGCGUCUUCUGUCCCGGGUCAAGACGCCCUCUCGUUCCUCUCCUCCGCGCCGCACCUGCCGACUCGCCGACCUGUUCGUCAAGGCCCUGCGAGCACAGCGGAGCAAUCCCCGGUGGGAGGAGACCCUCGAAGGAAUCGCUUCAAAGGCGGAGGAUGAAGAGGACGGCGAGGAAGCUGCUGGCGAAGGGGCGGUGGAGGCCGCCGCUCCUCUCGUCAUCCGCUGGCUCCAUGACCCCGACUUGGCCGUCGCCUUCUUCGGCUGGGUCCGCCGUCGGGGCGGCGGCGCGCAGGCGGCGGCGGGUCCGUCCUCCUACGCAGCCCUUCUGAAAGUCCUCGCUCAAUGCCGCCGAUUUCCCGACCUCGAGGCUGUGCUGGAGAUCAUGGCGGAUGAAGGGUCGACGCCCGCUCUCGAAGCCCUCGGCGCCAUCGUCGCCGGAUACUCCGACGCGGGCGAGGAAGAGAAAGCCUUGCGAUUCUACUCCAUGGCAAAGGAGCUUCAGAAUGCCCUCCCCGGGACCGACGCCUGCAACCGCCUUCUCCGCAUGCUCGUGCGGCGCCGCCGCUACGAGACUGCCCGGAAGGUGUACGACGAAAUGUUCCAAGGAUACGGCGUAGCGGAUAACUUCUCCACUGGUAUAAUGGUGAAGAGCCUGUGCGAGCAAGGGAGGACUGAGGAAGCCCUGGAACUGAUCGAGGGGAGGUGGGGUCCUGGCUGCGUCCCAAAUGCCGUGUUCUACAACAAAUUAAUGGACGGCUGCUGCAAGAAGGGAGAUGUCGAUAAAGCCCGCAGCUUAUUCAGAGAGAUGCAAUCCAAGGGAUUCCUGCCCACCUUGGUUUCAUAUGGAACAAUGAUCGCAGGGCUCUGCAAGAGGGGCGACUUUGCGGAGAUCAGAGCUCUGUUUCUGGACAUGGGGAGGCGUGGAAUGGAGCCCAAUGUGGAGAUGUACAACAUGCUCAUUGACGCUUGCUGUAAGCGUGGUUCAGUGCAAGGAGCGAAAGCCGUCCUCAAGCAGAUGAUUGCUGUCAGCUGCCCCCCUGAUGCCGUGACCUAUAAUUCCAUCAUCUGGGGCUUAUGCCACAGUGGCAGAGCCAGGGAGGCAGAGCGGAUACUGAGGGAGGCAGAAAGAAGGGGGCUCACAUUGACAGUCGUGAGCUACACCCCCCUUAUUCACAGGUACAGUCUCCAGGGGAAGGUCCUCACGGCCUCCAACCUACUCUUGGAAAUGAUGGAAAAGGGGCAUCCUCCAGACCGGGUUGCAUGUGGCGCACUCAUCCAUGGGCUCGUUAAUUCAGGAGAGAUCCAAGCAGCAUUGUCGAUCAGGGGGAAGAUGAUGGAGCGAGGUGUGGUGCCUGAUGCGGCAAUCUUCAAUACUCUGAUCAGUGGGCUCUACAAGAAGGGGAUGGUCCCUGCUGCAAGGGAUCUGCUGGUGGAGAUGCUGAACCUCAACAUCCUCCCAGAUGAGUUCAUCUAUGCCACCCUCCUUGACGGGUUCAUCAGGAAUGGUGACCUGUCCGAGGCAAGAAGACUGUUCUGCUUCUUGGGUGAAAAGAGCAUUCCCCACGGCGUUGUCGUCUACAAUGCAAUGAUCAAAGGGUACUGCAGGUUUGGGUUGAUGAGCGAGGCGAUCUUAUGCGCUGAUGAGUUGAAGAAGAAAGGGAUGCAACCUGAUGGAUUCACCUAUACGACACUCAUUGAUGGCUAUGUGAAACAGCAUGAUAUGAAUGCAGCUCUGAGAGUCUUUACUGAGAUGAAGAGGCAGAGAUGCAGACCCAAUGUUAUCACCUACUCGGCCCUGAUCAAUGGGUUCUCCGGGGAAGGAAAUUUUGAGAGAGCCCAGCAACUUAUCAGGGGCAUGCGAUCAGUCGGUCUGGUCCCAAAUGUUGUGACACAUAGUAUCCUUAUCGGCAAUGCAUGCAAAGCUGGCGAGCUUGAAAGAGCUGCUGUUUUCUUCAAGGAAAUGCUGCUUGACAGGUGCUGUCCUAAUGAUGUGACCUUCCAUUACCUUCUCAAUGGGCUUGUCCAUGCCGUUCCCCACCUUCAUGCAGUGGAUGAAGAUGGGCUUCAUGGGUAUGAGGGCUCCUUGCUGUUGGAGAUGUUCAGAAGCAUGAUUGCAGAUGGUUAUGAUCCCUGGUUGGCUGCUUAUAAUUCCAUCAUUUUGUUUCUCUGCCAGCAUCGGAUGCUCAAGUCUGCACUGGAGCUGAGGGAUAAGAUGCAGGCCAAGGGAUGUGCGAUGGAUGCUGUCACAUUUCUCUUCCUUCUUCAUGGUUUUUGUGUGGAAGGGAGAUCUAGUGAAUGGGGUGGUGUUCUUGGUUGUAAUUUUCAACGGCAAGAGCUGGAGAUUUCCCUGAAGUAUACUCUCUUGCUGGACAGGCACACCAAUCAGGGAAUCAAGUCUGAGGCCUCGGCGAUUUUCUCAUCCUUGUUUGAAGAUCUCAAGUCUGAGAAAGGGUUGAAUUAUGGGUAA